UUCAGAGCCAUCUAUACGUACGCAUGAAAAGUAGUACCGAUCUAACAACACACAAACCACAAACGAAUCGCAAACGGUCAUCGUUUUCACAGAGAUCAUCAUUAUAAAUAAUCCGCUCGAUUCGAGAAUUCAAUGAUAAAAAACCGACACCGAACUGAUUCGGAUUUAAAUCGGAUUAUCAAUAAAUAACAGUAGCGAUUUCGGUUAGUGUGCGUGUGUGUGUAUAUCGGUGUUGUUUGUUGUUUAUACCUCUUUCUAUGUAUGUGCCGAUCCCAGUUUACUUCGAUGUGUUGAGUUCCUCUUAACUGUCACCAAUACAAAUCGCGGGCAAAAGAAAAAAAAAAAGAAAAUAUACAAGUACUGAUUAAAAACUGAAUGGAUAACACCUGUAAUCGACGAGAGGAGAAUGCCUGAAGAAAAGAAGAUGGCAAUCGGAACCGAAAAUCAAUCACCAUCCAACAAGCUUUCUUCGCCUAGUAAAUCUGGAAAUGCCCUAGCAAAAAUAACAUUGCUAGAUGGAACUGUGCUCGAUAUUUAUAUCGAUCGACGAGCAAAAGGCCAAGAACUUUUGUUAAAAGUAUGCGAAUCUAUAAAUAUAAUAGAAAAAGAUUAUUUCGGAUUACUCUACAGCGAUAGACAUGACCCAAGAAAUUGGUUAGAUCUUGAAGAAAGAAUUGGAAAAGUUAUGAAAUCCGAACCGUGGCAAUUUAAUUUUGCCGUUAAAUUUUAUCCGCCCGAUCCGGCUCAACUACAAGAAGACAUCACUCGAUAUCAUUUAUGUCUUCAAAUACGCAACGAUAUUCUCAACAAUCGUCUUCCGUGUUCUUUUGUUACUCACGCACUAUUAGGAUCGUAUCUCGUUCAAUCUGAGUUAGGAGAUUACGAUGCCGAUUCAAUGGGUACAAAUUAUCUCUCUACAUUCAAAUUUGCACCGAAUCAAAGCGGUGAACUCGAAUCUAAAGUUAUGGAACUUCACAAGACUCAUAGAGGCCAAAGUCCCGCAGAAGCUGAAUUACACUAUUUAGAAAAUGCUAAAAAAUUAGCCAUGUACGGCGUCGAUUUACAUUCAGCUAAAGAUUCCGAAGGUGUCGACAUAAUGUUAGGUGUUUGCGCAUCUGGUUUAUUAGUUUAUCGGGAUCAAUUGCGAAUUAAUCGUUUUGCUUGGCCGAAAAUCUUAAAAAUAAGCUACAAACGACACAAUUUUUAUAUUAAAAUUCGUCCUGGAGAAUUUGAACAAUUCGAAUCAACCAUUGGGUUCAAAUUAGCUAAUCAUAGAGCUGCCGAAAAAUUAUGGAAAACUUGCGUUGAACACCACACAUUUUUCCGGUUAAUGUCGCCCGAAACGAAACAAAAAUCUUCGUUAUUCCCGAAAUUAGGGUCCAAAUUUAGGUAUUCGGGAAGAACUCAUUACGAAACGAAACGUACACCCAUCGAUCGUCCUGCUCCACAUUUCGAACGAUCACUUACCGGACGUCGAUUAACUUCCAGAAGCAUGGAUCCUUUAGGAGGUGGUGCAAUGGAUGAAGAUAAUUACGAAGGCAACAAACGCCAUACAAUGUCUCAUCCACCAGAACAUAUUCCGGAUAUUGACAAUCAUUUCGCUUCGAAAAAACCAAGUAAAAAGGAUAAAUCAAAGGAUUCAAAGAAGGAACAGAAGUCUCCUGUCUCUGAAGAGCGUUCUUUAACCAGUCCCAAAAAAGAGAUAGCUGAUAAAAAUAAAGAAAAUAAAGAUGCGAAUCUCCCGGAACAAAAUGGUGAACACAAAGAUUCUGAGAAAGAGAAAAAAUCGUCUCCAGAAAAGAGAUCAAAGAGCCCUGGUUUAUUGUUUCUCGGCUCGAAACGUGAUAAAAAAUCAGAAAAAACGCCUUCUCCGCCAAAAACGGUUCCCGUUAAAGCAGACGACCGUCAAAAGAAAGAAAAACAACAACCCGAAUUGGCUGGACAUACGAAACAAUACGAUUACGAACCUUCUCAACAACAAUCAACGCCUAAAAAACCAUCCAGAUUUUCUUACGAUCAACCAAAUCAAUUACCUGGUGAAGUUACAACGCAACAAUCUCCACCGAUGAAACGUGAAAAAGGAUUUGCGUUUAGUUACGUUCCUGGACAAGACGAAGAGUUAAAAGCAAAAUUAAAAAGCCCGAAAACUGAUAGUGAAGCUUUCUUAGAUAACGAACGUUAUACAAAAGAUCCUCUUCCGAUUGAAACUAUCAAAAAAAUUAAUAUUUAUAUAACAACGCUUAAAAAAGAUCCUAAAACAGGAAAACUUGAUUUGGAGCAUAGUCAAUUGGAUUGUAUUAAAGGAACUCAAAGUUCUAAGACUGGUUUAAUCGAAACUAAUUACGGUGUGAUUAAUCCACAAAAAGGAACGAUGACGAUUAUUAACCCGGAAAAUAAUCAACAAGAAGUAUUACAGGGAAUUGUCGAUCCUUUAACGAAACAAAUAAUUAUUGUUAAAGGAAACGUAAUCGAUCCGAGAACCGGAAAAGCUGAUCCAACAAGCGGACAAAUAAUUGGUUUUACAGAGACUCUGCAAAGUCAAGUUUUAAAACCGAAAAAGCGUAUCGUGAAAAUUAAAAUAAUUACUUCUAAAAGAGAUCCUAAAACUGGUGCUGUCGACGAACAAAAAGGAUUUACUGAGGAGUGUUACGCCGUUUACGAUCCAUCAACUGGAGAAAUUGAUACGAAAGUGGGAACAAUUUCACCAGAAAAGAAACAAAUAUUGUAUUCUGAUCAAAAAGGAAGCAAAGUUAAACCAAUUGAAACCAACCUAAACGGCGAAUUUAUCAUUAAAGACGGAGUUUCCGAUCCUAAAACGGGAAAAAUCGAUUCAAACUUAAUACAAAUCGUUCGUUUAGAAAGUGAUUUAAAACCAACUGUGUCAGUUACAUCUGUUACUGCAAGGAGAAACCCAACAACUGGUCAAUUAGAUCCAGCUAAGGCACACAAAGAAAUUUCAAAAGGUGUUAUGGAAAAUGGGAAUAUUAUCACUAAAUAUGGAAUUGUUAAUUUAUCUUCAAAAACAAUUAAAAGAGAUUCCGUUGAAACGCCAAUACAUUUGGAUGAAAACGGAAAUAUUAUUAUUUUAUCCGGAGUAAUUGAUCCAUUAACGGGAAAACAAGAUGAUAGUAUGAGUCAAAUCCUACAGAUUUCUUUAGAAGAUAAAUCAGAGAUUCCAAUCAAAUCGGCUGCAUCAAAAACUGACCCAAAAAAAGGUUUUGACACCCAAACGGCCCAUUCUGAUGAAUCUUUAGGAUUUUUUGAUGAAACCAAUAAUGUAGUACACACAAAACAUGGUAUUUUCAAUCCUGUACAAUCAACUUUAACUUGUAUUGAUCCAAAGUCGAAUAAAUAUGAAGUAAAACACGGAAAUUAUGAUCCUAAUGCUAAAGGAAUCGUAUUUAGAGGAAUUUAUAACCCAAAAGCUGGAAAAGUCGACGCUGGAUAUGGAAGAUCAGUUAAAUUAGACGUUAGUGAACAACAACCCAUUGAUGUAACACCGGUGCCAACCCCAACAAAGCAACAACCAGUUGCUAAAACAACAAAACUUAUUAAAAUCAUGGUUAUAACCGCUCCUAAAGAUGCAAAAUCUGGUCAUUUACAUGUUGAUAAAGGUACAGUUGAUCAAUCUGUCGGCAUUGAGUCUUCUAAUGGCGAUAUUGAUUCGAAAUAUGGAGUGAUUAAAAAAGAUGGAUCGAUCGUUAUUACUGAUCCGAAAACUGGACAAAAAACAACUGUAAAUGGAAAAAUUUUACCUACAACCGGUCAAAUUUUAUUAUCAGGACCUGUUUUAAAUGCCCAGGGAAAUCUAGAUAACAACAGCGGACAAUUAAUUACUAUUGUUGAAGAACCGGAAGAUACAUCAGAAAAAACACCAUCAAAAUUAAUCCCGAAAAAACGCUUAAUAAACAUCGUAGUGAUUACAACACAACGUAAUCAAAAAACGGGACAAAUUGAUACUGAGAACGGUUUGGUUGAGAAAUUAACGGCAACUUACGAUCCGGUUGAAAAUGUCGUUGAGUUUAGAAAUGGAAAAGUUGACUUGCAAAACGGCAAAGUUAUCCAAAAAGAUAAAAAAACUGGAAAACCAAUCGUUUCAUCCGUUAACACAGAAAAUCCUAAUAAAAUCAUCAUUGAUUCAAACAAUGUUAACCCUAAAACGGGAAAAAUCGAUCCAAAUACAGUUACAGUCGUCAAUUUAGAAAUUCCCAAAUCGGUUUGUGUUGUUAACUCAACCGUUGGUAAAAUAGAUCCUGCCACGAAUAAAUUAAUCCCAUCAACGACAAGUACAGAGAUGCAUAAUGGAAUAGUGAAUCCACAAACUGGUGAAGUUGUUACAAAACACGGAAUAAUCAACAUAAAAUUGAUGAGAAUCUCAUUUAUUGAUAAAUCAGGUAAAAAAGUUGAUUUACCAAUUGAAACGAAAGAAGAUGGAACGAUCGUUGUGAAUGAUUACCCUGAGAAAGGUUUAUGUAGAAUGAUACAAAUUGGUUCAGAAGUUGAUCCAGAAAUAACAGUAACAACUUGCACAGGAAAGUUGGAUUCGAAGAAAAAUCUUAUUGAUAAAUCAGCUGUACCAGAAACUAACUCAGCACUUUAUGACGCAACAAAAACCAAGAUCAUCACUAAAUCUGGUUUACUAGACCCAGUUGAUGGUUCUUUAACAUUAUUCGAGCACACAACUGGAGUUGUUGAUACUCGUCAAGGUCAAGUACAACCCAGUACAGGUGAAGUUGUCUUUAAAGGCGGUUUUGUUAAUCCAAAAUCAGAUAAAGUUGAUUCACAUUUUGGACGUAGUUUUAAAGUUGAAAUUAAAGAACCUGUUAUUGAUGGUUUAGUUGAAAAACAAUUAUUGGCACCAAAAACAACUCCUGUCAUUAAGGAAGUUGCUCCACCAAAAGUGCUUGUUACUGAAAGUCCAGUUAAACAACAAACACCUAAAGUGGCUCCUUCUCCUGUUAAACAAGUCGAAACAGUGACGAAAACGGAAAUUGUUAAAACUCCGGUUAAAGCUGACGUUUCGAAACCGACGCCAAUUAAACCAGACAGUGUUAAAACAUCUCCGAAGAAAAUUGGAUUGGUACCUAAACAAAAUAUUGUUAAAGUUAUGGUUAUUACGGUUAAAAAAGAUCCAAAAACGGGACAAGUCAUUCCUGAAAGUGGUUUGGUUGAAAAUCUGACCGGAUUGGUUGAUGAUAAUGGUUUUGUUGAAACAAAAUAUGGCCUGAUUGAACCAAAAACCGGAAAUGUUAUUGUUUAUGAUACAGCAACUGGUAAAAACGAAAUAGUUCAAGGAAAAGUUGAACCUAACACAAAUCAAAUUUUGGUUGGUGGAAAUAAACUUUUAACAAACAAAUCAGAACCGAUUGCUGGACAAGUUUUUGCCAUUGAGCCAAUUGAAUCAUCAAAAACCUUAGUACCCAAAAAACGAUUAAUAAAAAUAACGGUUAUUACUACUAAGGUUGAUCCUAAAACGGGAAAAUUAGAUCCAGAAAAAGGACAUACCGAACAAUCUUUAGCCACAUUUAACCCAGAUACGGGAUUAAUUGAAUCUAUUUAUGGUCUAAUUGAUCCAAAGAGCGAAAAAAUUAUUAACAAUAACGUAAAAACUGGUAAAGUUGAUGCGAAACCAAUAAAAUUAUCUGAAAAUUGCGAUCAAAUUAUUUUGCGUGAAGGAAUAAAAGAUCCAAAAACAGGAAAAGUUGAUAAUACGUUAGGACAAAUAAUUAGUAUUAUCGGGCAUAAUGAUCCAACAAUAGAAAUAUCAUCUCUAAUAGGUGUUAAAAAACCUAACGGUGAAAUUGAUAAAGAUAAAAGCCAAAUGGAAUCGACAAAAGCUAAAAUUAAUUCAACAACCGGCGAAAUCACAACGAAAUAUGGUAUUCUUGAUUUAAAUAAGUACAUUUUAAAAAUAAAGAACCCAAAAACUGGUGGAUUUGAUGAAGUACCGAUUGAGAGAAAUCCAGAAGGAAAUAUUAUAAUUAAUAAAGGUGUUAUUGAUCCCAAAACUGAUAAUAUAAACGAUAAUUUAGGACAAAUAAUUACUUUAGGUAACGAAAUUGAACCUAUAGUAACGAUUAUAACUUGUACAGGAAAAAUUGAUGCGAAAAAGAAUACGAUUGAUGUUAAAAAUUGCUCCGUGGAUGUCUCAACUGGUUUGCGAAACGCACCUAAUAAAGUUUUAACCAAAUAUGGUCAACUUGAUUUGUUAAGUGGGCAAUUAGUUUACGUCGAUCCAAUGGGACAACAAGAUAUUAAACAAGGAAUCGUUGAUACAACAACAGGACAAAUUAUUGUUAAAGGUUACGUUAAUCCGAAAACAGGAAAGAUCGACGCUAAUUAUGGAAAAGUUAUUUCCGUGUCAACAAUCGACCCGAAAAUAGAUGGAAAAGGUAAUCUUUUAGAAUUCGCCGAAAAAGAUGUUAAAAUCGAUCCGAAAACAUCACAAUUAUGGUUGUUCGAUCGUUACGAUCAAAUUCUAAAACAAGAUAUUUAUUCAACCGGACAUGUUGAUCAAAACACAGGAUAUGUUUCAAAUAUUUAUGGGGUUUUAGAUCCGAAACUUGGAACAAUAACGAAAUCGCAAAAAGUUACUCCAGGAAAUGUAAAAGUUGAUCCCGACACAAAACAAAUUUAUUAUAAAACAAACGACGUCGAUAAAUCCGGAAAUCCGAUUUAUUCCACAUCCGAAAUCGAACCGAAAUCCGGAGAUGUUUACACGAAAUACGCAGUUGUUGAUCCAAAAACUGGAAAGCUUAUUUUAAUCCGAGUUUAUCUUAUUUCGCCUCAAAAUUCCGAUGGAAAAGUUAAAGAAAUCAACCCGAAAGAUUGUCAAAUUGAUCCAAAAACUGGACGAAUAAUUAACGUCACCACUCAAACCGUCUUUUGGUACAGCAUGGUUGACCCAAAAACCGGAAAAGUUGUUCAAGUUGAUCCGAAUAAUCCUUUAGUAAGAGAUGCAAACACAAAAAUAACUCAAAUAUUAACACUUUCCGGCGAAAUUGAUCCGGAAACCGGAAGAAUCCACACUGAAUGGGGACAUAUAGAUCCACAAACUGGAGAUAUCGACCCUGAAACAGCACGUAGAGAUCCCGUAACUAACGAAUUAAUUCUCAAUUACGCCCAAAUCGAUCCGAGCCAUUUCAAAGAUCUUAAAGAUACUAACGUUAAAUAUAAAGUAAAGAAAGGUGAUGAAAGCGGCGAAAGCAGCGAUGAAGAUUUGAAUGAAUACGCGGCGGAAACUUUAAAGGAUUUGCCAAGUUUGAAAAUACCACAUAUGAAAUCGCCUACCACUCCAGUUGUUGUAAAAACAACUACAAAACAAAUUAUUACUAAAGAUAGGGAUGGUGUAACGCAGAAUAUUGAAGAAAAAGUUGAAGAUGGUCGUACUGGUGAGGUUACAAUUUCAAGUCAAACUAAUAAGGCUGAGCCAACGGACGAUGGUAAGUCACCGUUUGUUAGAGCACAUGCUGUAACAACCCGCACAGCUACCACUCAUGAAGAUUUAGGAACAAAUGCUCGCACCCAACAACUCGAAGAGAAAACCAUUGCCCAUUCGAUGACAUCGAGCGCGACCAGACAAGAACAACGAACUGUUACCCAAGAAGUUAAAACCACCAGCACUGUAGUUAGCGGAGAACAGUUGGGCCGACGCGACAGCACUAGCUCUAUCAGUUCAGAUGAUUCUGGUACUCCAAUUGAUCCACCAGACUAUGAUGAAAAUAUGGAGUCUUCAUCAAAAGCUGAAAUUCCCGGUGGAAUCGUUCCAACUGAAAGUGUUGUAUAUGGUGGAGAUCCAACAAUAGUCAGAUCAACAACAUCCUCUGUACCAGUUGUAGCAACGGAAGCUCGAAAGGUUCAUCUCACUUCUGAUGAUGGAAAUUAUUCAGCAACAGGAGAAAUAAUCAGCUCGCAGACCAUCAGUUCAAAAACAAGAACAGUUGAAACGAUUACAUACAAAACUGAAAGAGAUGGUGUUGUUGAAACGAGAGUAGAACAAAAGAUAACGAUUCAAUCAGAUGGUGAUCCGAUUGAUCAUGAUAGGGCUUUGGCAGAAGCAAUUCAAGAAGCGACUGCAAUGAAUCCAGAUAUGACGGUUGAAAAAAUAGAGAUUCAACAACAACCUGGUACUCAUUAAACAAGGGAUUUUUGGAGUUGAAGCUUUCUUUUUAAUAUCAGCUUGUUUUUAUCUUUUUUGCUUUAAAUAUAGGAAGAUGUAUUCAUUUUAUUUUUAAGAUUUUUUAGAUUAUAGGUAAGAAUCUUUAAUAUAUUCAAAUCGAAUGAUACAUGAAAAGCACUACUUAGUUGGUUUAAGGUUGGUGUAAAUUUAUGUGCAUAUAUACACUCUAUAGUAAUGGUAAUAAUAAUAUUAGCAAUUUGUCCCCUUUAUUUUUUAAUUCGUUCACCUAAUGUUAUUCGUAUAAGGUAAAAUGCGUUACUGCCUAACCCAAAUUUAAUAAUUAAUAAUCACUUUUUUUGUAUCAUAUUUAUUUAAGUUUUUGUUAAGGUGAUUUCUUCGCUUGCAGCAACAUACUAAAAAUUAUAUACAUGUCUCAGCAUUACAUGUUUAUUUUCCGUUCUUUUUGUAUAAGAUUUAUUUGUUGUAUAUCCCAACAUUACAACGUGAAAUAAGUUCUAAUAUAACCAUUAUAUUGAAAUCUUUUACUUAUUUAUUAGUACAGUUAAGAUUUUUAAACAGAUUUCUUUUGCAGCUAAUAACAGUAAGUAUUCUACGAAUCUAGAUUUAAUUUUUAUUGUAUUGUACAAACAAAAAUGAUUUAAAAUGCUGACCGCUAACUAAUUAUGAGUGAAGGGUGUUUAAAUAAAGUAUAUCUACAAAUAAA